AUGUACGCGUGUGAAGAUCUGCCUGAUCAAAUGUGGAUACAACCGCACCAGUACUGCCAUGGAAAUUAUUGUUCUUUCCGGAGUAAGAAGUCAGAACAGUGCCUAAAUGUUGGUGGAUAUGAAGCAAAAAAAGGAAGCAAUGUGGCGACCUACAAGUGUGAGGGGGCUCCUGAUCAACGCUUCAGAUGGGUGAAUGGAAAGUGGGUCACACCUAGGGCAACAUGGUCCGUGGUUGGCUGCAAUCAAAACGGUGAAAUUACUCACGCGAUAAGCAACACGAUCAGUUACAAGACAAAAAUCACUGCGAGUAUAUCAAUCUCAGUUAGUUCUACAAUCCAAUCUGGUGUCACAUUUGGCGGCGCAUCAACCAGCGCAUCAGUCGCUACUACCGUGUCAGCGUCGCUCGCAAAAGAGUGGGAAAACAGCCAAUCAGGAACCAGAGAUAUAACUUUCACUUGCAAGAACUAUGACACCGGAAAGCCAUUCAAACGGGGAUGCAUGUGGCAACUCCGACUCACUACCAGGGAAAAAACAAAUAACGACCUUUUGACGUGGUCGCCUCAGAUCGUGAAAUGUACAAGCAAUACUCGAGAACCAAAAUGCCCUCCAUUUACGAGAUGCAAAGACGACGCAUGCACAAUGUGUGAAAACCUGCCAGGUGUCCGUAAGAAAAAAAGCGUCGACGAAUCCUUGACAUGGAAAAAAGUGCUGAAGAUGGACUAG